AAAGACCCUCUUCCGCCGGACUGGCAUUCCAUGUGGAGCUGUGGAGUGCGCAAGCAAGGUUACCGCUUCCGAAGCAUUGAUGAUUUCUGACCGCCUCGUCCUUGGGUAGAUCAAGUACUCCUCCACAUCCAGUCGCAAUGGGCGUCGGCGAAACUAUCACCGUCAUCAACAAGUCGGGCAAGGUCGUGAGCAGUAGCAAGCACAUUGUCAGCGUUUUCAAGGAGGCCAAGGCCGCCUACCGCGAGCGCAAGGCUGAGAUCAAGGCCGAGCGCGAUGCAGCCGUGCGCGAGAAGCAGGCCCUGAGCCGCGGCGUUGAGGCUCUGCGCAUUGAGGACGACGUGCAGUCGCGCGCAUCCUCGCAUCGCUCGUCGCACUCAAAGGCAUCCCACCGGUCCAAGUCGCACAGGUCGCCACGCGCAGAUGGCCGCCCAACACUGGAGCGCGGCUACACUGACAGCUUCUAUGCCAACGACAGCCCGCGCGGCAACCGCCACCGCUUCGAGGACGACCUUGCUGGCGGUGCCCGCGAGGGGCACAUGAGGGAGCUUGCCCGGCGAAACUCGGACCAGGUUCCGGUCCAGCGCCAGGCUAGGCGUAACUCUGUCGACAUGGAUCUAGCAUACGGCGACAUCCCUCCCCCACUGCCUGACAAGAAGUACGAUGAUGUCGAGCUCAAAGACAAGGCUUCCAAGAUCACCAUGCUGCUGGACGAGGCCAACUGCCUGCAGCACUCCGCCACAGCCAUGAUCGAGAACCUGCAGAAGAAUCCAGAUGCCCUCGCCGCUGUGUCCCUCACCCUUGCCGAGAUCAGUGCCAUUGUCAGCAAGAUGGGCCCUGGCGUCCUCACCACCCUCAAGGGUUCCUUCCCCGCCGUGGCUGCGCUGCUCAUGAGCCCGCAAUUCAUGAUUGCUGGUGGUGUCGCAGUCGGCGUCACCAUCGUCGCGCUCGGCGGCUACAAGAUCAUCAAGAAGAUUCAGCAGCAGAAGGAAGAUGAGAUGCCCAUGUUGGAGAUGCCUAUGGGCGGUCCCGUACAGAUGCCCAUCCCCAUGCAAGCACGUGCAGACGAACCCUACCAACUCGACGAGCUCGAGACUAAAGAGCUUGGCCGUAUCGACAUGUGGCGGCGCGGCAUUGCCGACGUCGAGGCUGAGAGCUCCGGCUGCAGUGUCGAUGGUGAGUUCAUCACUCCCGGUGCCACGCGCCAGCUCGUCGAUGCCGGCGUUCUUGACGAAGACGACAUCAAGUCCCGUCGCAGCGUCAAGGCCCGCUCCGAGCGCCCCAAGUCGCACCGUGCCCGCUCCGACGUCCAGUCUGUCCACUCGGUCCGCUCCGAAGCCCGUUCCGAGGCCCGCUCUGAGCGCUCUGCUCACACGAGCAAGACCUCCGGCACACAUCGAAGCAAGACCACCAAAGAGGGCAGCAAGCGCAAGGAAAAGGAGCCCUCACUCAUGAAGCAGCUCUUCCGCUCCAAGACCACGGCGUACUAGAUACGACCAGUGACACUACGAACACCGACGUCACGAACCCUGAACAUACGAACACUCCAAGAACACACGAACUCUAAGACAUAUACGAAAUCUCAAACCACGAACAUCCUAAACGACAAACACUCUAAAGAACACACGAACCCACAAAACCACAUCUGUUUCCUUUCCUGCAGCGUUCCGCGAGCAUCGCCUGCAUCCAGUCAGUAUCUCGUCUUGUUUGUCCUUAUAUACCAUAGACGCUGCGCUCCAAUGCACACCGGCU